GGAAGGCGUGUGAACUGACGGACUUCUCCUGAGUUGGAUUUCCACAUAAAGCCAGUAGUGCUCCCGAUUUUAAAAAGGCGGCCGAUUCUUUUCUUUUUGACGCCCUUUCACCACCGUCGCCACCGUCACUACCGACUUCUUCGCGCCCUUCCAUUUCACAUUCUCUCUCCACUUCUUCAAAUUCUCUCCACUUUCUCUCUCUUUCUCUGCUUUUUUCUUUCACUUAUCCAAGGCAUACACCAAAUCUCGACUAUUCGAAUUCCUAAAUUCUUGCCGCGAUGGUUGCCGGAGGAAGAGGCGCCGCCGUUGGCGUCGGUUUGGCGGUGGUAAUGGUGGUGUUAGGGUUUCAGAUUUGUUCUGCGCAGAUUACCAGAAGCGGUUUUCCGAGCGGAUUUGUUUUCGGAACUGCAUCCUCUGCUUUUCAGUUCGAAGGAGCCGUGAAGGAGGACGGAAGGGGACCCACAGUUUGGGACAAAUUUUCCCAUUCAUUUGGAAAGGUAGUUGAUUUUAGCAAUGCAGAUGUGGCAGUGGACCAGUACCACCGUUAUCCGGAAGAUAUUAAACUGAUGAAGGAUAUGGGUAUGGAUGCCUACCGAUUCUCCAUUGCCUGGUCUCGAAUCUUCCCAAAUGGAAGUGGAGAGAUCAACGAAGCUGGAGUUGAUCAUUACAACAAUUUCAUCAAUGCUUUGUUAGCCAACGGAAUCGAACCCUAUGUCACUCUCUACCAUUGGGACCUUCCUCAAGCUCUAGAAGACAAGUACAAUGGCUGGCUCAGCCCCCAGAUCAUAAAUGAUUUCGCGAUUUUCGCCGAGACGUGCUUCCAGAGGUUCGGCGAUCGAGUGAAGCAUUGGAUCACCUUCAACGAACCGCAUACAUUCGCUACUCAGGGCUAUGAUGUCGGUCUCCAGGCGCCGGGGCGCUGCUCCAUUCUUCUCCAUUUUGUGUGUCGGAGUGGAAACUCUGCUACUGAGCCUUACAUUGUUGCGCACAAUGUUCUCCUCUCUCACGCCACCGUCUCUGAUAUUUACAGAAGAAAGUACAAGAGGAGACAGAGGGGAGUGAUUGGGAUCUCGCUUGAUGUUAUCUGGUUCGAACCAGGUUCGAAUUCCACCGAGGACAUUGCAGCUGCUCAACGAGCUCAAGAUUUUCAGCUUGGAUGGUUUCUCAACCCGUUGAUCUUUGGUGAUUAUCCGACCUCCAUGAGAAGCAGAGCUGGAGGGCGGCUUCCGAGGUUUUCACAGCCGCAGGCGGCUUUGGUGAAAGGGUCUCUGGAUUUUGUUGGUAUAAAUCAUUACACCACAUUUUACGCUUAUCAUAACCACACCAACAUUAUUGGGGUUGUCCUGAAUGACACCAUUGCUGAUUCUGGUGCCUUCACCGUUCCAUUCAAGGGCCUGAAAACCAUUGCAGAAAGGGCAAGUUCUAUAUGGUUAUACAUAGUUCCUCGUGGGAUGCGAAGUUUAAUGAAUUACAUCAAGAACAACUAUGGAAACCCACUAGUGAUCAUCACAGAAAAUGGGAUGGACGAUCCAAAUAACCCAUUUAAACCAAUUAAAGAAGCGUUGAAGGAUGAAAAGAGGAUCAGAUACCACGAUGGCUACUUAACGAGCCUUCUGGCUGCCAUUAAGGAAGAUGGCUGCAAUGUGAAAGGGUAUUUUGUUUGGUCUCUAUUGGAUAAUUGGGAGUGGGCAGCUGGUUUCACUUCAAGGUUUGGCUUGUACUAUGUUGACUAUAGGGAUAAGCUGAAGAGAUACCCCAAAGACUCGGUUCAAUGGUUCAAGAAUUUCUUGGCUUCUUAGAAGUCCGAGUAUCUAAAAGAAGGAUAAGCGGAAGGAGAUACUCCAAGGACUCGGUUCAAUGGUUCAAGAAUUUCUUGGCUUCUUAGAAGUCCGAGUAUCUGAAAGAAGGUUAAUGUUACAGUUUGAUGCUUUUGUUUUUGUUGUCGU